CUGCCUUGGGAAGUAGCUGUUGUACCAGGGAGCGGCUGCUGCUGCAGAGAUGAAUCCGAGCCCACGUCUCCCACCUCCCGGGCAGCAAGUUAUCCAUGUCACGCAGGACCAGGACACGGACCUCGAGGCGCUCUUUAAUUCCGUCAUGAACCCCAAGCCAAGUUCUUGGAGGAAGAAAAUUCUCCCGGAGUCUUUCUUCAUGGAGCCCGAUUCGGGGUCGAGCACAGACUCGGGGAGCCAUCCCCCCAGACUGAACUUUCACAUACGAUCCAACUCGUCCCCUGCCUCUUUACAACUAGGGACUGCCCCCAGCACCGCUCAGCUCCACGCUCACCUGCGCCAGCAGUCUUACGAUGUGACCGACGAGCUCCCCCUGCCGCCGGGGUGGGAAAUGGCAUUCACACAUACAGGGCAGAGAUACUUCCUCAACCAUAUGGAGAAAAUCACAACAUGGCAAGACCCACGGAAGACCAUGACCCAGCCAAUGAUUCACCUAAACCACCAUCCUGUCACCACAUCCACUCCAAUGAGCCAAAGAUCACUUGCAAUGUCCCAGCCAAACCUUGUGAUGAAUCAUCCCCAACAAAUAACUUCCAGCCCUGCCAUACCCCAGCAGAACCUCCCGACCCAGAAUCCUCAAGCAGCGCUUAUCAAUUUACCCAAUGCUCUUACCACCCAGCAACAGCAGCAGCAGAAACUUAGGCUUCAAAGGAUCCAAAUGGAGAGAGAGAGAAUCCAGAUGCGUCAGGAGGAGCUGAUGAGACAGGAAGCUGCAUUAUGCAGACAACUUCCAAUGGAGUCGGAAAACAUGGCUCCAGUUCAGAACACAGUCAGCCCACCUGCCAUGCCUCAGGAGAUAAGACCUAUAACAAACAAUGGCUCUGACCCCUUCCUCAACAGUGGCCCAUACCACUCCAGAGAACAAAGCACAGACAGUGGCCUUGGCCUAGGUUGCUAUAGUAUACCAACAACUCCAGAGGACUUUCUCAAUAACAUGGAGGAAAUGGACACAGGUGAGAUGCUCGGCCAGCCCUCCUUGAACCUGACCCCUCAUACGCGUUUUCCAGAUUUUCUCGAUGCCCUUCCAGGGACAAACGUUGACCUGGGUACCCUGGAGUCUGAAGACUUGAUUCCUAGUCUCAACGACGUGGAGUGUGUGCUGAAUAAAAAUGAGCCCUACCUCACCUGGCUCUAGUUGGUGUCAACA